UGUUUGGCCUAGACUGACUUCCUCGAGUGUGGCCGGAAGGGUUAGCUUUAAACCGUAUUCGUUGAAUAAACGCGCUUUUUUAUUACCAUUGCAGAAUUCACCGAUGAAGAACAACAAGGUUUGGCGACACAUAAUAAAUUCCGAGCAACACACGGAGUUCCUUUAAUGACCCUCGACAGACAAAUGUGUGAUCAAGCUAAAGCUUACGCCGUAAAAAUCGCUAGAGAGAAGAAUUUGAGGCACUCUUCAAAACAGGAACGAAAAGGACAAGGCGAAAACCUUUCCAUGGGAUGCUCCACUAACAGGGCACAAGCCAUGGAAGAGGCCGUGACAAACUGGUACAACGAGGUCUGUGAUCCAGGAUACCAAUUCAACGCAGGAAGCAGAAACGGAGGAACAGGUCAUUUCACGCAAGUUGUGUGGAAAGAAAGCACGGUUCUUGGCAUUGGACGAGCUGAAUCACAAGAAGAUGGUAUGAAGUGUGCAUACAUCGUCGGAAGAUAUAAACCAGCAGGGAAUUUUAUGGGGGAGUAUCAACAAAAUGUGCCGAAAGGCAGCUUUAACGCUAACGGUUACUGCGCCGCGAUUAAAAGCAACAGAUUUGGAUUUGACCAACAAGAAGAUUCCGAGCAGGUUGUCAUUGGCAAGUCAACAGUGGAUUCUCCGGUUCAGAAAACUGGAUCUGCUGAGUUUCGAGGUUCAAGGAAAUUGAAGUGAGCAAGAUGCGAUGACCACAAAUGUAACUGAUUACGUUUUUGUGGAACUAUUACUAUGUGAUCCACAAAUUUAUAACUUGU